AUGGUUCUUUCUCGUGGCGGUGUGGCGACUUCUGGUCUUUCGACGAUAACAACUACGACUGCAUAUACCCUGGCACUGGACGAUGACACAACACGACAGCUCUCCGGCUCCUACUCUGGCUCAUCACUCGAUCCAACGCCCUCAAGUCCAGCACACCAUCUCAAGUUCUUCUUCCCGGGCGGGGCAAGCGCUGACGAGCCCGUGCCUCGCCCUACCCACCGGUUCGAGGUCGGGGCUCUGACGAGGGUCCUUGGCUGUGCGAUGGGGUGCGGUGGCCGAUUGCACACCCGAGGAGGCAGCGUUGACGAACGUUUGUCGCUCUCGAGGAUCGUGCGUCGGGGUGGGCUAUGA